CGAAUUUUCAGUGAAAUUAAUGAAAAUUAUCAAUUUUUGUGAGUUUUUGAUCCAAAAGUAGCAAAAUACUUUGACCGGAGCAACAACAUUGAAUGAAAACUGUAAAGAAAUUUUCAAAAAUCGAUCGGAAUUUGUAAAACACGAUAAUGGCUGACAUCCAGAAGACGAGUAAGACUCAAACUUUGAACGAAUUAUUACUGAAAGCGUGGAAAGAACGUUGGUCCAUCCAAACUUGGGGCAUUAACAUCAAAACAGUCCUUCCCCGUGGCGUAAGCGGCGAUGUUUACAACCUGGCAGACUGCAUAUUGCAACAAGCGAUUGUCGGAUCGGGCGCUAAUCAACUUUUGCUCUCUUAUUUGAAGCACGCGUUAUGUUCUCAUCUCGUCUCGUACGCCGCCGUGCUAAAACGCAUCUCCAAAUACGAUAAUUUCGGCAAAUAUCAUUGCCUGAACUCGCUUUUGGAAUUUUUGGAUGGCGCUGUUGCCACCGGGUUGACUUGCCGCAGCAAAUUUGAAGAAGGCGUGUUUCCAAAUGCACUUCUCUCGUUGAUUUCGUGGUUUUUGCUGAUUUUUGAAGCACUUUUACGCGAUUACCCGGGCGGAAGUUUCAAGCCAGAACAGGAAAUGACGCUGAAAUUCUUGGGAAAACUCACUGAACGUCUCGCGCAGGACCAAUUCAUCCUCUCAGUAUUACAUAUUGCCAAAUAUGAAGACCCGGAAUUGGCACAACGUACCCUUAAGUCGUUGGGAGAUGUGAAAUUAUUGAUGACGAAGGUCGAAUUUGUGGAUGAGAUGAAAAUUUUUGAUAAUUUGAGCAAAUUAUCGCUUGUGACGGUCACGGAUUUAACAUUUAAGGAGUUCAAAAGUGCCGUUGCUGAUCCGUUAAUUUAUUGCUUGCAACCGAUGAUUGCCACAGACGUUCUUUUACGUCCUUACAGCGACACACAAAGCUAUGUGAGGAAGUUUGAGCUGGUCCAGAGGUUAAAAGGACUCACAAAUGCCCAACUUUACGCGGAAAUACUGAAAGCUUGUUUGAUUUGUGUCUAUAACGUCAAUGGCACGCCACGAGAUUACAUUUAUUGCGCUUUUACCUUCAUCAAAAUACCCACAAUUUUAAAGGAAUUGAACAAUCGCAACAAAUCCGACGCAGAUUUGAGCCAAAAAUUGGAUCACAGUCCGGAUAUUUACGAAGCACUUCAAUUAUUACUGAAUGAGACGACGAUUUUGGACUAUGUUGACACCCAAAACGGCGGAAAUACGAUAGAAUUGCUUCUAAAAGAGCUCCACGAGAAACAUUCUCUCAUCAAUGAGAAGCAACUUCAGGCUUUAGUUGCUUUACGAGAGCCGAUCGUCGCUGGUUUAGUCAAAAGUGACCCGCCGAAGCAAAUAAACGCCGCCAUUCGUAAAGUUUUGUGUGCUGAACCGCCAUUGAAGGGAAUUCUAAAGUCCUUAAAUAGCGAUUUCAAUAAAGUCAAGGACACGCUACAGUCAAUGCUCAUUCAAAUGUUGAAAGGAAACAAUUUUGAGCUUAUUUUGUCAGUUGCGACAAUUGACUCGAAAUUAAAGCAUUUUGUACAGUCCUUGGUUCAUUGUAACGAAUGGGCAAAGCAGUAUAGCGUCGAAUUAUUCGAUAUUUCGUUCCUCAUGUUAGUUUCCAUCGUGCAAAAUUACGGAUCAACGUACUUGCUGAACUCAAAAGGGACCACUUUCUUCGAAAAAUGGGUCGCCGAGUGCAUGGUCGAACGUCAAAAACCCAAAUCUCCCUUCCAAAUGGUCCAAAUGUGCGAUCAAACGAAGGUCGAUGAGCUUUUGAUGCAUCUUCAAAGUCCCGAAACGACUCCGUGCAACCUAAAAUGGGAGGAAUUGUGUCGCUGUAUCCCGGGCGUGCUUUAUCACACACUUCAGGCAUGGGAAAAUGACACAAUUGACAACGACAAAGCAAAAUUAAUACUUGACGGACUCAAAUCCAAGCUCGGAGCGAUUUCAGUUUGCGGUGCCUCGUGGCUUUUUUCCUACGUGCAAGUUGUGCGACAAGAAGAACUCACAAAACCACUUGCGAUGGUUCAGCAAUUCCUCACACAAUUCCCCGAAUCGCCUCUUUGUCGCACCAGACUCGGGUUAACUUUUCAAAUUAUCCGAAAAAUGCAAUGUGAUCACUUCCCGACGGGCAGUUCCAAGAUGCGAGCUUUCAUGCAAACGAACAAUGUGGUCUCUUCGGUGCCUCUGAAGGAGCAAUAUGACGAAGUUUGGAAGGCAAUUGAGGAUAAUGGGUUCCUGCCGAUCGAAUCAGCGCAGAUUUUGGACAGUUUGCUGCAUACCUGUGGCGAAAAAUGGCUUUUACAAAAGUUAAUUGGACAAUUAAUGGCUUCCAAAUACCUCAAUGAGAUGUACAAGACACUCGAUAUCGUGUUUGCGAUCUUCCAUUUGGACAUAAAUGCGUUGGCGACAACGUUACUUGGGGAGGUUUUGCCUCAGAUGCUCCUUACGAAGACCAGUAAUUGCUUCGUUGAGCCAUAUUCCAUUGUUGUGGCACGUUUGGCGGUCUAUUCGAUCCUUGCAGCGAUACAAUCGACCCCUGGAAAUAGUUCUUCGUCGAAAAAAAGGCAACGAAGUCUCGAUUUGCUUGAAGAUUCGUUAGAGCCAGCGAAUAAAAUGAGAAAAACUGAAGGAGAUGCAUCGUCAAUGUCGAUUGAUUUUAGCUCAACAGCAAGAAACAGCGCUCAAGGAGACCUAAUUUUGAAGGAACCCAUCCAGAAGUGUCUCCAAAAACUCUUCAAAAUAUUCGAAAUAGUUGUCAACACGGAUGUUUUAUCUCCUGAAGUCUCGUUUGUCUUCCAAUUCUUCACACUUCUCAUCCAAUCGAGUAACGAACGGAACAAAGCCGUGCUCCGAUUGAUUCCUGAAGGACUAAUUCACAACCUGAUAAAGGUAAUUCCGCAUCAAGAGAUGUCCACGAGAUUUAUGGCGCAGUUGUACGACUUGCAAUCGACUGGAGGACGACAAGCAUCCAUCGCUGAUCUCUGUUUGUAUCGAAAUAUCGAGUUACGAGCUAAAAGUAAGACUUUUUAAGAGGAUUUAAA